AUGGACUCACCUGGGUCUCAGGGUGUCCCACAAUUCUCCAGCUUCCGACCUCCCCCUCCCUCUCCUCCGACCACCGCUACCGGUUCGGAGCAUGAACAUCGCCGGCGUCGCCCAGGCCAUCGUCCGCGUGCAGACCGGAAAGAGUCUCCGCGCUCCCGUCGCCAUGAAAGGCACUCGGAUGGUGGCCGUCGAGAGGCGACAGGUGGAGAAAUUAAGGAGCGCCUGAGUGGGGAAAGAAUUGACGAUGUAAACGCUGCAAAUGAUGAGGCAAACAAAGGAUUUGUCGUCGACAGCCGCGGCGAUCGUGAUAAUACACGUUACGGCGUGGAUCGUUACGAGGUCCCUGCGUACCAUCGCAAUGGAAAUGGUUUUGUACUUGGUCUCCCUAACCAGCGCAUUGAUUACCAAACGCGAUAUGACCAAGGUCCCCUUCUCCUUCUUCGCCCCGACUCAGGCUCUGCAACCUCUGCAGCUAAGCCUCUCUCCGCCGAAACCCUAUCUGCUUUGUCCAUCAAUCUUCCCACUCGCCUCCGGUCUGAUCUUAAUACCAACCUUGCUGCUCAGACCCAACAUUCACAAAAUUUCAUCUCAACAACUGUCCCAUCUCAACCCGGCGUUGCGGCAACCGCCAACUUAGAUAAUGAACCACCGUCUUAUCGCUCCAUCAACGAUCAGGCUAAGUCCGAAGAAGUCACCGAGGAGUUUGAUGCGGACGCCUUCACUCGACUUGCUCUCGAAGCUGAAAUCUUGAAUCGCAAUGCCAAGUUGAACAGCGCAGUAGCACAACAACCCAAUGACAUCCAAGCAUGGAUCCGUCUUGCUGAGCAUCAGGAAAUUGCUAUUACUGGCGCUAGACCUGGGGACCGCAAGUCCCACCUCGAUGAUAUCCAAGUUGUGGCAAGAGCCAAGCUGUACGUGUAUGAAAGAGCGAUCAAGGCCAACGCACAGAAUCCCGAACGCGACCACCUCUUGCUGGGCCGUAUGGAAGAGGGUGCGAAAGUCUGGGAUUCAACAAAACUCGCAUCGGAAUGGGACGCUGUCCUCCGGCGCCACUCCGAGUUCAUCACUUUAUGGAUUGAGUAUCUCGACUACUGUCAGACUGACAGUCAGGAUUUCAACUUUGACAAUUGCUUUAAAACUUACGCCUACUGCUUGAAGAUCCAUUCACGUGUUGGCUUCGGACCGCAGAAAACCGUUAUCAGAUCGUACUUGCUGCUCCGUUUGACCCUGUUUCUUCGAGAAUCCGGGCAUGUAGAGCUAGCUGUCGGUCUAUGGCAAGCAGUGCUCGAAUUUACCUGCUUCCGCCCAGCCCAUCUAACGGGGAAGAAAGAAGAGGCCCUGGUGGAAUUCAAAAAGUUCUGGGCAACUGGGCAUAUUCGAAUUGGAGAGCCCCGUUGGCAACCCUGGAACAGUGCACAAACCCCCCGUGCUCCUGUAAACGAGCGUGUUUACACUUCUGAGGCGGAUAUCCGAGACUUGUUCCCAUCCUGGGCAUUUGCAGAAAGAGCGAGGAUGUUCAAAAAUCGCAUGCCGUCACACACCUUUGAUGAAUCCAAAGAGAAUGACUCUUUCCGAGUGGUCCUUCUUGAAGAUUGCACGCAGAUACUGCCAUACUUCUGGGACUUGGAGCAAAGCCUAGGUUCCCUAGUUGAUGGCUUCUUGUAUUUCUGCCAUUUGCCCCACCUGACAUCACCUGCGAACAUGAACACCAGCCGACUGUGGACUGGUGACAAUUUCUUGCGAAACGAAUACAUGGAUGAUCCUCGAAACACAAUCGCGGACUGGAUCACCUUUCAGAAAUAUGCCGCAACCACAACCCUGGAACCUUUCGCAUUCCCUCACCAUACCUUCGUACACACCACCGAUACUCUUUUUGCUGACCCAAAGAUGUGGUUCUCGGCUCUGACGAAGUGGGCUAAAACUACCUCCCAUUCUUCCUGUGUCAUCGAUCCCGACUUUGUACUCUUGACUCUCCAUGCCCUUGCCGAUGUCUUCAGAGACAGCCAAUUGGCUGAAUACGCUGUUGCAGUAACUUUCGCGUGUGACAACGCUCUUGGCAAGAAGUAUGGGAAGCGACUCUUGAAGGAGCGAUCAUCAAACCUGAGACUUUACAAUGCCGUUGCGCUCAUGUAUUGGCGGACUGGCGACCUUGACACUGCUCACAAUGUGUGGUCCACUGCUUUGUCUAUGAGCCAGAACUUUGACGCUCGCGAGCUCACUGAUUCUGCCCUUCUGUGGAACUCGUGGAUUUGGGAAAUGCUUCACGCUGGGCAAAAGAAUCGAGCAUCAUACCUGUUGCAGGCUAUGCCUUACAAUCGAGUCCAUUUGCUGUCGUACGACACAACUGAUGAAAUCGAAAUUAAUCAAACCGAUUUUCUCAGGUGCUUGUUUGCCGCUCAGAAAAAUGCCUUGAAGUUCAAGAAAAUGCAAGCAUACGCAGCUUACGUCGACUGCUAUGCCAUCGUCCUCUAUCUCAUGGGCGAGCAACUUGAAGAUGUCCUCGAGGUCUACAACAACGCCGUCACUUCCCUUAGAGUCCUUCCCACGACCGAUGAAGAUUUCAGGGUCUUCGGUGGAGAAUUGCUGCACCAAUCUCGAGCCCGGAUCCUGUACCACUAUGUAGAGAAACAGAGUGGCCAAUUCAGACCUGCCGACGUUCGCGCACUGCUACUGGAUAGCUUAGAAUGGUGGCCUCACAACACCAUGUUCUUGUCGCUGUUCAAAUGGAACGAGGCUCGGCUGCAUAUGAGUGACCGAACCCGCGAUAUCUUCGAUGUCACCAUCGGGGCGAAAGCCAGGGCCGCCCUGCAUCUGCGAGGGCCUGCCCCAAUCUACCGUGUGCCUGUCACAACUCACCUUUUCAGCAUCUACGCUGAAAUGGGCCGCCCUCUCACACUCGGCUCAACCCCCCACUCAAUUCGGGCGGCUUUCGAGCGAGCGAUCGGCGAUGCUGGAGUCGUCCCAAUCGGGCGGACCCCAACACGGAAGAGCCCCUUCGAGCUGGCAAGCUCAACCUCCGCGCAGAGCAACCUCACUAUUUGGAGGUUGUACAUCCUCUACGAACUGUACGCGGAGUAUAACGUCGGCCGCGCCCGCGAGAUCUACUUCCGGGCCCUGCGCUCCUGCCCCUGGUCGAAGGAGCUGUACCUGCUCGCCUUUGAGCACUUGCGGGCGGACUUGACCAACCGCCUGCCCCCCUGCCGCCUCAACCGGAAGGGGGAGGUUAACCCUUCGGGGUUCGACCCUGCAGAGCUUCGGGCUCUGUACUCAGAGAUGCUGCGCCGUGGACUUCGGGUCCACUACCAUGUGGAGGGCUUCUGGGCUGAGUAG